CGGAUUAGUGACAAGAAUGUCAGCCAAUUACACCGAAAAUAUGAAUGGAACACAGUUUACGUCGAGCUGUUUCAACACUGUAGCACAAAGAAUUGCUGAGAUCGUUGCCUAUUGUUUGCUUUUUGUAGUUUCGCUGGUUGGAAAUACCCUGAUUGGAAUAGCUGUCUACAAGACAAAAGCCCUGAGAAAACCCAUUAACUUUUUGAUUGUCAACAUGGCCAUGUCCGAUCUGUUGUACCCGAUUUCCCUGUUUCCUAACAAUGUGGUAUGGUUACACACCGGCUCGUGGCUGUUCCGCGGUCUUCUUGGCAAGGCGUUGUGCAAACUGGUUCCCUUCUUUGUCGAAACCUCCAUUGUUGUCUCUGUUCAAAGCCUGGUUCUAAUAGCAGUGGAUCGAUUUGGAGCUGUUUUUUAUCCCCUUCAUGGCCCACUCAUCAGUUCAAAGCUGUGCCGGUUCUUCAUUCUCGCCACUUGGAUCAUCGCCAUGGCUGGCUGGUGCAUCAACCUGUUCGCCUUCAAUGUUGUCGAGUAUCCAGAAGGACUGGCUUGUAAGCGAACCUGGAAUGACGCAUUUGGAAAGUACUUUCUCUUUGAAACCUACAUUGUGGUGAUGAAUGUUGUAUUCCGAUAUAUCCCUUUCAUUUUUGUAGCAAUCAUUUACGUUGCUAUCGCUGCAAAAGUGAAAUCCCUGAAGGCUCCAGGCGAGCAAAGAGUCAAUUCCAGAGAACGCCGUUUAAAGAAAGAGAAGAGUGUUCUUAAGAUGUCCGUGGCAAUCGUGUUAGUGUUCGCAGUGUGCUGGUUGCCCCACACCAUCGGUUGGUACCUUGUCACUUUUUCAUCGAAUACCGGCAUGAUAUCGUCUUGUGGCUUUCUAUACUUUAGGUCUGUUGCCUAUUUCCUAGCUAUGGCAAACUGUGCCAUAAGCCCUUGCAUCUGUUUUGCUUUCAGUGGAAAUUAUCGCGGGGCUCUCAAGAACCUUUUUAACUGUUUUUUUUCUGCUGAUCUGAGGGCUUACAUAUAA